GCUCUGUGCUAGCUCCUGUCUGCUAGUCUCCUGAAAUGCAUGCUAAAAAGAAUUCCCGGCAUCUCCCUGUCAGCUUUUAGUCCAAUAAGGAAGCCACAGAUAUACAGCACAUGCUGCAGCUCCUCUAGCCUGGCUGCUUUCUGAAGGAUCAGGACAUCUGCAGUUAUAGGAGAAGCGUGCGGGGGCCUUGGCUGCCUCUUCUCUGCAGCCACUCAUACUGUAUACAAAUCCCUCUUCGAUAUGUGUGCGUAGUCCGAAAACCCACUUGCUGAUCUGUGUUAAAGAGAGGCAAGGAGAGAAGAAUGGCCUCAGGAAAAAAUCAGCAUGGCAUGUAUAAUGGAUCCAAACAGAGCCCGCUGCUAUCACAGGAAUACACUCAUGAACUGCAUGUUAAGAUGUGUAAGAAAAUCGCUCAACUAACUAAGGUAAUUUAUUCUUUGAAUCUGAAGAUUGAUGAAUAUGAAGCGAAUAUUCUCACUCUAAAAGAAGCCCAUCAAAACGAAAUUGAUCUCAUUUCAAACGAGACAAAAGAAAAAGUUCUCAAGUACGAGAACAUGGUCGAGGAAGAGAAGAACCUUAGAAUACAAAUACAGAACCUCGAGGAGGUGCUGGAGAAAAAUAAUGUGAUAAAAGAACAAAGUUUAGCCGAUCUUGCCCUGUACAAAGAACAGUCAGAAGAGAAAGAACUGAAGACCCAGUGUGAACAAGCGGAAAGGAUUGCCGCCUUGUCCAAGGAAAUGCUCUCUAUGAAGACAGAUUAUGAAAACCGUCUGCAGCAACUUACAGAGGAGGCCGAGGCCCUAAGAAAAGAACGCGCCUCCAAUGACCAAGAGAAGUCUGUCGAAAAAUUAAACGAGAAACUUAAAAAGGAAAUCCAGGUGCUAAGCAAAGAAAUAGAUCAUCUGAAAACACAGAACCGCAAAUUGACUGAGGACUAUAGCGUCAAGACAAGCAAACUCCACAGCAGCUAUGUCAAAGAGAAGGAAAACCUAAGAAAAGCUCUGCAGCAGUCUGUUACCGAAAUGAUAAAACAGCUUCAGCAGAAGGAGCAAGACCAGAGGAAAGGCAGCCAGGCGAAGGAAGCUGCCGCACUACAGGAGCUCCAACAGCUGAAAGAGGAUCUGGAGGCAAAGGAGCUCGAAAUACUUGAAGCCAGACAACAUUCUCAUAAAAUGAAAGAUCUGGUACAGGAUUUGGAAGCCCAGCUGAGACAGAAAGAAGAAGAACUAGUAGAGUCCAGGAGCAUGCAGAGUUAUGCGACAGAGGAGCUUUCAGUGGCAAAACAGAGAUUAUUACAGCAAGAAAAUGAGAUCCAGAAGCAGACAGGUAAACAGAUGAAGAGCAUUUCAAGUGCACAUAAAGCAGCGCUCGCUGAACUUGCUGAAUUAAAAAGUCAAAUAGAUCAACAGCAGCAAAAGCCAGUACGGAAAACAACUGCAAGCAAGAGAGAGAGCGGGGACGCUGGGAAUUCUAAACAGUACUUGAGAGAACACUCUGUUCCAAGGCAACACAAAGAGGACAUCGGGAAAACAAAACGUCAGAAAGAAACAGAGGCAAAGCAGCUUGUGAAGAGUCGAGAAGACUUGGCGAAAAGUCAUGCGGCUGAGAUGAAAUCCAUUCAGGCAUCCAUGGCGGAAGAGAAGAGGCGCCUGCAGAAAGAUCAUGAAAUGCACAUAGAAGAGUUAAAAAAGAAGAAUGAAUAUGAAGUAAAACAGUUGGUAGAAGAAAGAGACGCACUUUAUGUUAAGCUUCAAGAUUCCAUAUGUAACCAGAAUACAGCUAUUCUACAGCAAUGUGAAUCCUCCACUAGUGGAAGUAAAGAAAAGGAUCGCUUAUCCUCUGAAUCAAGAAAUAAAGAGAGAAAGAGAUGUGAAUGUGACUGUCAUUCCUCUCAAACCUCUUCAUUAGAUGGAUCUCAGACAUUCUCAGAAAACGCAUCUGGACAACAGGAAGAAAAUUCACAGAAUCAGUUUAGAAAAAUAAGUAGCAAAAUUGAUAAGUUUGAAAAGGAAAUAUCCAGACUGGAACAGGAGAACGCCGUCUUAAGAGGUUCUGUGGAACUUCUUAGCAAGGAGGUUACCAUGUCCCAACAGGAGGCAUUGGAGCUGAAUGAAGAACAAACCAGACAUCAGGAAGAACUUCAGCUGAAGCAAAAAAUGGAACUGGAGAUUCUGAGACAAAGCCACCAAAAGGAAAUGCAAGGCAUGGUGUCCAAGUUCAGCAAUGCCCAGUCUUUUCUUCAGGCGAAGGUUGUUGCAUUAGAAGCUGAGCUGAAAGAUAUAGAAGAUAAGGGAAAGAAACUCUCCCGUCCAGAGGAUUUGCAUCUCAUAAACUGCCUGCAAGAUAAACUGAAUGAUAAGGAUCAGAUUAUUAAACAUUUAUUGGAAAUUCAAAACUUUAGUGAGGAUAUGGUGCCGAUUACUCAGGAAACACAUAGAAGUCAGUCAUUUUCCUGCAAUCCAAAUGGCGGAAGCCUAACUCCUACACUAAAGAAAAAGAAAAUUGGUGAGACCCGUGUUAUCAGUGUUCCUAAUUUAGCAGCUUAUGAAAAAAGCUUUAGUAAUAAUGUUACCACCAAAAAUACAACACAUCCCCUUCGGAAUUCUCCAAGUUUAGACCACACCAUCAAGCCUGGAUACCCUUUUAGACAACCAGCACAGCUUCUAGAUAUCAUACGUCCUAACAGACGCAAUCCCUGCCAUGUGUCAUCAAAGACAGAAACAAAAGAACAAGAGACCAAGCGUCCAGAAUGGUUUACUAAGUAUUUUUCAUUUUGAAAAGAAACAGCUGACUCCCAUGUCACUACAUCAUGAUUGCACUCAUUUCCGUGUCGUAAGAGCUUUGCUGUAAAGUUGAAUUUUAUUAAUAAAAUAUUCUUUGAUCUUUUUCAUUAUAUAAAAUGAAAAAAUGUAUUCCUAAUAAAAUAUU